AUAUCCUUAUUUUGGAGUCCUGUAGAGAAAGUGCUCUGUGCUGCAUUGGUAGCGGCGAGAGCUGGAGGUGUUGGGUCGGGAGACCGGCCGUUCGGUCCCGCUGCGGGUAGGAGCUGAUUUCCAUCGCGGCACCACGGCCCACACCUCCAGUCCCGAGCCCGGCGCGGCUGCCCGGGGGUCUCCUUCAGGCUCCUUGACGCGGUUCCAGGGGGCACCUACCCAGGCAUCCUCUGGGCCUCGAGCCAGGGGACUGGGUCCCGGCUUCAGCACUCCCGGCUGCAGUAAGAAGUGCCUUUGUCGCUCUGCUCCCUGCCACCAUCCCGUGAACCACCGAAACCCUGGUCCAGCGCUACAGCCUUGGACCUGGGACUGGAGGGAUCCAAAACGCUCAGCCCCGGCUCCCCACAAACGGGACUCUCUAUCGUCUCUGAUAUGUCGCCCACCAUCUCUCACAAGGACAGCAGUCGGCAACGGCGGCCAGGGAAUUUCAGCCACUCUCUGGAUAUGAAGAGCGGUCCCCUGCCGCCGGGAGGUUGGGAUGACAGUCAUCUGGACUCAGCGGGCGGGGAAGGGGACAGAGAAGCUCUUCUGGGGGAUACCGGCACUGGCGACUUCUUAAAAGCCCCGCGGAGCUUCCGAGCCGAACUAAGCAACAUUUUGCUGCUACUCUUUCUUUACGUGCUUCAGGGCAUUCCCUUGGGCUUGGCGGGAAGCAUCCCACUCAUUUUGCAAAGCAAAAAUGUUAGCUAUACGGACCAAGCUUUCUUCAGUUUUGUCUUUUGGCCCUUCAGUCUCAAAUUACUCUGGGCCCCGUUGGUUGAUGCAGUCUACGUUAAGAACUUCGGUCGUCGCAAAUCUUGGCUUGUCCCGACGCAGUAUAUACUAGGACUUUUCAUGAUAUAUUUAUCCACUCAGGUGGACCGUUUGCUCGGAAAUACCGAUGGCAGAACACCCGACGUGGUUGCUCUCACUGUGACCUUCUUUUUGUUUGAAUUCUUGGCCGCCACUCAGGACAUUGCUGUGGAUGGUUGGGCGUUAACUAUGUUAUCCAGGGAAAACGUGGGUUAUGCUUCUACUUGCAAUUCCGUGGGCCAAACAGCGGGUUACUUUUUGGGCAAUGUUUUGUUUUUGGCCCUGGAAUCUGCCGACUUUUGUAACAAAUAUUUGCGGUUUCAGCCUCAACCCAGAGGAAUAGUUACUCUUUCAGAUUUCCUUUUUUUCUGGGGAACUAUAUUUUUAAUAACAACAACAUUGGUUGCCCUUCUGAAAAAAGAAAACAAAGAAGUAUCAGUAGUAAAAGAAGAAACACAAGGGAUCACAGAUACUUACAAGCUGCUUUUUGCAAUUAUAAAAAUGCCAGCAGUUCUGACAUUUUGCCUUCUGAUUCUAACUGCAAAGAUUGGUUUUUCAGCAGCAGAUGCUGUAACAGGACUGAAAUUGGUAGAAGAGGGAGUACCCAAAGAACAUUUAGCCUUAUUGGCAGUUCCAAUGGUUCCUUUGCAGAUAAUACUGCCUCUGAUUAUCAGCAAAUACACUGCAGGUCCCCAGCCAUUAAACACAUUUUACAAAGCCAUGCCCUACAGAUUAUUGCUUGGAUUAGAAUAUGCCCUACUGGUUUGGUGGACUCCUAAAGUAGAACAUCAAGGGGGAUUCCCUAUAUAUUACUAUAUCAUAGUCCUGCUGAGUUAUGCCUUACAUCAGGUUACUGUGUACAGCAUGUAUGUUUCUAUAAUGGCUUUUAAUGCAAAGGUUAGUGAUCCACUUAUUGGAGGAACAUACAUGACCCUUUUAAAUACCGUGUCCAAUCUGGGAGGAAACUGGCCUUCUACAGUAGCUCUUUGGCUGGUAGAUCCCCUCACAGUAAAAGAGUGUGUAGGAGCAUCAAACCAGAAUUGUCGAACACCUGAUGCUGUUGAGCUUUGCAAAAAACUGGGUGGCUCAUGUGUUACAGCCCUGGAUGGUUAUUAUGUGGAGUCCAUUAUUUGUGUUUUCAUUGGAUUUGGUUGGUGGUUCUUUCUUGGUCCAAAAUUUAAAAAGUUACAGGAUGAAGGAUCAUCUUCAUGGAAGUGCAAAAGGAGCAAUUGAUGUAUACACUACUGGACAUUCUAGAAAGGUUGAAUUUUAGAGUGGGGUUUUUAUAAGUAAUGGAGGAUACAAUGGGUGGGAGAAAAUGGCACACAGCACCUGAAGAAAGAUAGGGGCAUUGACCUCUAGAGCUCAUACGUUGCCAUUGGAAAGCCUGUGUUGGGCAUCGAUGUCAGAUCCUGAAGAAUCACCUGGAAAAAAUCCCAUCCUAGAGGCAAGGAGGCUACACCAAACCAUAGACUACAGUACUUUGUCACAUGGUUGUCCAUUAUUGUGUAUUAUAGUCAAAAUGAUUACUUGAAUAAAGAAAAAUCCCACUU